GGCGGGCAGUGCUCGUACUUUUGUCCGUUUUCGCGCAAGGCUACCCAAAUGGUGCCUCAGGACACAGCCUUGGAUGACGUGAGCACAGGGCCUCGGAGGCAAACGCCAACACCUUUCGCACACUUUACCGCUUUGGGAUUACAUUGGGUACAGACAAGGGAUAACCGCACUGCGGCGGUGCGAGGCUAUGACAUGCUCGGGGUUGCCCAAGCUAUCUCGCACCGUGCCUCACAGCUUGCAGUCCAUGGUAUUUAAGACCACAGUACCAACAUGACUAGCCCAUCAACCAACUUUCCUGAUCACUACAUCUCAUCAAACACAAUCCGUUCUCGAUAUCCCUCUUAUAAGAGUCCACCCCGAGGGCCUACAGAGACACAAUGCAUCGAUACGUUAGUGCUGCAAGUCUUUUCCUAUAUGCGCUGCCAUCAAGCGCGUGUCCAGGACACUAUCGUCGUGGGGAAAAUGGGACGGCGAUUCCCCAGACAUAUCAAGUACAGACACGCAUCAAACCAGCCACCCCGACCGCGACCGUGGCAAUCACAAACGUGCGUGUUUGGGACGGCUACAAGGUCAACGAACCGAGCACGGUGUACAUUGCCGGCGACAGUAUUAGCGGGGUGCAAUCAACAGUCGACCAAAGCAUCGACGGUCGGAAUGGCAUUCUCUUGCCAGGUCUCAUUGACGCCCAUGCGCACCCGGGCUCCGUCCAGGACCUGGAGACGCUGAGUAGUUACGGCGUCACCACCGUCCUCAACCAGAAUUGCCAAAAUUACGAAUACUGUUCGUCGAUGCGCGGCCAGACUGGGUUGACCUCGUUCUUCACCGCCGGCUUCUCCGCCAAAGGUCCUGGGAGUAGCCACGCGAACAAUUCGGACACGCCGCUCGACAAGUUGAUCUGGGAGCCAUCGCAAGCUCCAGCCUACGUCCAAUACGUCUUUGGCAAUGGUUCCGACUGGCUGAAGGUCGUGUCGGAGCAGAACGGGCCGGAUCAGGCAACGCAGAACGCGUUGGUUGAGAAUGCGCAUGCGCUGGGUAAGAAGGUCAAUACCCAUUGCUCCCUCGUGGAAUUUUACAACAUGGCCAUCCUGUCCAAAUCCGAUGGGCCUCAGCAUAUCCCCAUGGAUGGUGUCCUCAACGACACGAUGCUCGACUUGAUGUAUUCCCAGAAGCAGUACGCCACGCCGACCAUGAACGUCUUCUACGACCAGCUGCACGAUCCCGCGGCCGUGGCGGCGCUCGGUCAGCCCGCAAUCCCUUUUGAGGAGGCCUGGUCGGUCAUCAAGCAAAACGUGGCGGCGGUGUAUGCGAAGGGAAUCCCCGUCCUCGCCGGUACCGAUUCCACUACGCCAUAUGCCGGCCUGUCCGUUUCAUUUGGAAACUCACUGCACUACGAGCUGUGGCAUCUGUAUCAGGCAGGUCUCCCUACGGAAGACAUCCUGCGCGCCGCCACCAUCCUGCCUGCCCUCCACCACGGUCUCCCACAUCGCGGCGCCAUUGAGGAGGGAAUGCUGGCGGACCUGGUGCUUCUGGAGCCCGACGCGGAUCCGAUCCAGGCAAUCAACGAUACCAUGAAGAUAUCUCGCGUCUGGAUUGGAGGAUUGGAGUACAUGAAUGUUGCUAAGUAAAAUGUGGUGGGGCCAGCUGCGACGCCAGCUUACUUAAGAAAAAGUGGGGCGCGGAGCGCGUUGUUUUCGCGAAUAAACAGCGGCCAGGUAGCAAGACGACAUGAAAGAGGAGGAUGCUAGCACAC